AUGGUACCACCACCAGUUCAAGAACAGCAAAAACAGGAGAAGGCUAUACAAUUGAAAACAAGACUUGAAAAUAGGCCUUCUGAAGACAUUAAAUCGGAGAAGUCAUCAAAAAAAGCUGUAUUACUUCAUGCAGAGAAAGAAAUCUCAGGGUUAGCAUCAACAAUACAGAAGCCUGAGAGGCAAUUGUCAGUGGAAUCUGAAACAGCAGCAACGAUGGAAUCUGAGAUGAAACUUUCACAGCAGGUCCAAAAACAAAAAGAGAAAUCAAAUAUUUCCAAAGGACAGCAAAAUGGCAAACGUGAUGCCGCUACACAGGUCGAUAUGGAAGCAGGAAAAGGGCUUCAGAAACUAAGUGGCUUCACUACUGUACUUUUUGGACCAUACCCACUAAUUAGAGGUGGGAUGCAAUCAGUAAAAUGUGUACAGGUCGGGGAAGGCCAUAUCCAACAAGUCAAAUAG